AUGGAAAGGCAAGCAGGUGGGUACCUUGUAGCUGCCACUGGCAUUCUGAACCCGCAAGAACCACUGCCACAAGUGGUUCCCAUUCGGCCAUCUGAGUGCACCCCAAUUCCUCUUGUGCAGCCCUUACAGUGCCCCAUCUUACACCAGGAUCCCAGUAGCUUUGCUGCUAGUUUACGGGAGCUGGAAAAGUGUGGCUGGUAUUGGGGACCCAUGAACUGGGAAGAUGCAGAGAUGAAGCUGAAGGGGAAACCCGAUGGCUCAUUCCUAGUAAGAGACAGCUCUGAUCCCCGCUAUAUUCUGAGCUUAAGCUUUCGCUCACAGGGCAUCACUCACCACACACGCAUGGAGCACUAUCGAGGUACAUUUAGUCUGUGGUGUCAUCCCAAGUUUGAAGAUCGCUGCCAGUCUGUAGUUGAAUUCAUUAAACGAGCAAUUAUGCACUCAAAGAAUGGAAAGUUCCUGUAUUUUCUACGCUCACGGGUGCCAGGCCUCCCUCCUACCCCGGUACAGCUGUUGUAUCCAGUGUCUCGAUUCAGCAAUGUGAAGUCUUUGCAACAUUUGUGCCGUUUUCGUAUUCGGCAACUGGUCCGGAUAGACCACAUCCCAGAGCUCCCUCUUCCCAAGCCUCUCAUCUCAUACCUGCGCAAGUUUUAUUAUUAUGAUCCACAGGAGGAAAUUUACCUUUGUUUAAAGGAGGCACGACCUGUUCCCAAAAUGGAGUCUGCUACUGAGAAUUCCACGUAGCAAAGUUCUUGUGUUGUGUUUUUUUUUGUGUUGGAUGCAGGAGCUGCUGGCAUUAGAACACCUAACAACCCCGUGAAUGGAAGAAAUGAACGAAGGGCAAAGCUUCAGUGGACCUCAUUCCAAACCCUCCUUACUCCUUAAAACCGAAGAGGGAGAAAGUGCAACAUGUGUUGUAACAACUAGUAUCAUCCCUUUUCUUGAUUACCAAGAAAUCCCACAGGGGUACAAGGAGCUACUUGAUCCCAUAUGCCAGCAUCCAUGGUGUCUUACUAAUAAGUAUUACUUUUCAUUUUCCGGAAAGAAACGAAACAUGGAUAUUGGACCCAUCCAUGUUCCAGCUACUGAACCAGUAGUCAUCUCAUGCUGUCAUUUUUUUGAAGCUUUUCUAUGUGUGUAUUGGAAACACUUGAAAGUUCCUUUAUAUUGGAUGGACUGGAGUACUCCUGCAAAACUGACUGUAAACUGCUGCAGUCAGUACUGUUCCACUGGGUAUAUACAGCUAAAGAACCAAUGACCUCCCUGGAGGUCAAAUUUCACAAACAGAUUAUACUACUGACUAUUUUGCCUGCAGUCUGCCAAUCGGAUGGAUUGUGGCAGCACUGCUGUGAAACAGAAUAAAUAUACUUUUUUGGGAGGUCACUGUCCUUCUGUGAUGUGAUAUCCCAUAUUUUGGUGUCCUGAAACCAUACCUUUCCAACACUGGAAUAU